UCAGACUCGGGUCUGGGGCGUUUCACCAAAGCUGCCCCGGUUGUGUCCGGGUAAGAUGGCGUUGGAAGAGCAGUGCUCGGCACCACCUCGAUGGCAGGCCAUAUCAGCGACACACGUAGAGUUUCCCGAGGGAGAUCUGACGGGACGUCUACUAGCUUACAUCAGUCUCCUGCCCAUAGCUAUUCUCGUGGGCUUUGUCACGCUCAUAGUGUUUAAACGGGAAUUGCACACGAUUUCCUUCUUUGGCGGGAUCCUCCUGAACGAAGGCUUGAACUGGCUGCUGAAGCACAUUCUCAGAGAGCCACGCCCCUGUGCAGGAGCUCACACAACCCUGCACACAGAAUAUGGAAUGCCCUCCAGCCAUUCCCAGCUUAUCUGGUUCUUUGUUGUUUACUUCUUUCUUUUCCUUUAUUUAAGAAUGCAUCAAACAAACAAUGCUCGAUGUGUGGACUUGCUAUGGAGACACAUCCUGUCCAUUUUCCUAUUGGCCGUAGCCUUUUCAGUAUCAUACAGCAGGGUCUACCUGUUGUAUCACACCUGGAGUCAGGUAUUUUAUGGAGGGGUAGCCGGCAGCACGAUGGCCAUAAUCUGGUUCUUUUUCACACAGGAGAUGUUGACACCGUUAUUCCCCAAAAUUGCUGCCUGGCCAGUGUCAGAGUACUUUCUGGUGAGAGACACAAGCCUGAUCCCCAACAUCUUAUGGUUUGAAUAUACAGUUACCAGAUCAGAAGCAAGGAACAGACAACGAAAGCUUGGAACAAAACUUCAGUGACUGCCACAGUUCUUUAGUGUAACAGAGUUUAGGAUCACCACGCACACACUCACACACAUGCACACAUUAAGCGACACAAGCAGCGGCUCUAGGGGGCGGAAGAGAAGCCGGGACCUGACCAGGAGCCCCUAGCUUAAGCGAGCCCGUCCACACGCCUUCCCUCCUUGAACAGCUUGCCCAAAAAUGCCCUUCAAAGCAUGCAAGACUGUGCAAGAGGCCUAUUUUACCGGUAAAAGCAUGCCACAGGAACCGUUCACUGGAAGGAACCAAGUAACGGAGACUGUGGUCAAGCGGCCAACGAGUCAGCGGGCGUCAUUACAGCAUGUCUUUAAUGGUUGUUUUAUAAAAUGUUCUGACAGGUAGCAGCUGAGAAUGGGUUGGGUUGGGGGUGGGGGGUUAGAUUUGUUGGUAAUCUGUUAAAUUCACCAUUUUUUCUUUGUUAUAUAUAAAAAAAGACAAUUUCUAAAAUUGGUCAUAGUGUAAUAUGCUUGAAAAUUUGCACUUUGUGAAAUUUACAAGUAAGAAAUAAAAACAAAGCGCUGGUUUCUUGUUGAGGACCCCCCCCCCCUCCACACUUCUGAAGGUUUUGUCUUGAACUGCCAGUCCUCAUAUAUAUUAGACCCCAAAGCUGAUCUCAAUCCAUACCAAUCGAUGUGCCCUGAUCCUGAUUGAUCCAUGAGGCUGUGGCUCCGCUUCACAGGCUAAAUCAAAGCUAGGAUGACAUAUUUUCCCGGGACUGGGUUUUUCGCAACGCCCCAGAUACGGUAGCAACCGGGGAACAGAAAUCAGUUUUUUUCUUCUUCUUCUUUUUUUUAUUGGUUUAUCUUGUUUCCUGCCGCUCCAGAGCACUUUCCCUCCUUACCUGCAUUUCCAGUUUAACAUUCCACAUCAUUCCAUGUAAAAACGUUCCGACUGUGGAGGGAAAGGCUUUACUUUAUUUGUAUGGUUUUUUAUUUUAUUGUUGAAGAAUGGUCACAAACACGCCUCAGGUCAGUGGCAGCAUGUGAUUCUGCUUUUCCCUUGUGGCCUAAGGCAGCUGACGUGAAAAGCUGUCAAAAGGGGAUCUGAAGCUGGUUGAAAACGGUCAUUAGCUCCAACAAAGGGAAGUAGUUCUCCUAGACGUUGAUUUUUCUUUUUUUUUUUUUCAUGUGUAACCUAUAUCAAACAGAAAAUAAAAGUGUGUUUAUGUACAAA